AUGACGGAAGUGUUAAGCAAUGGCAUUCGCUACUUGUGGUUCAAGGUGGAGAGGAAGGCGGUCUUUCGAAAAGAGACUGUACUUACGGCUGUGAAAGCAUUUCAACAGGUGUUGUACGUGGAUCCUGGAUUCUCACGUGCAAAUGAAGUACAUCUUCGCCUUGGGUUGAUGUUCAAAGUGAACAGUGAUUGGGAGUCGGCUUUGAAACAUUUACAGUUAUCACAUAUUGAUGCUAGCCCCUGUACCUUUUCAAAACUUGAAAUUCGUUUUCAUAUUGCUCAUCUGUAUGAAGUUCAGGGAAAAUAUAAAACUGCCAAGGAGCAUUAUGAGCAACUUCUACGCGAGAAGGAUCUUCCUACUCAUCUAAAAGCAGAUAUAUGUCGCCAGUUAGGUUGGAUGUACCACUGUGUGGAAUCUCUGGGAGAAAAGAACCAGAGAGAGAGUUUUGCUAUUCACUGCCUUCAAAAGUCAAUUGAAUCAGAUCCAAAAUCUGGACAGUCAUUGUAUUUGUUGGGACGUUGUUAUGCAAGUAUUGGGAAAGUGCAUGAUGCUUUCAUUGCAUAUCGUAAUUCUGUGGAGAAAUCUGAAGGGAAUGCAGAUACAUGGUGUUCUAUAGGUGUACUUUAUCAGCAGCAGAACCAGCCUAUGGAUGCUUUGCAAGCCUACAUAUGUGCGGUUCAACUUGAUAAAGGUCAUACUGCAGCAUGGACUAACUUAGGUAUUUUAUAUGAAAGUUGUAAUCAACCAAGAGACGCCUUUGCCUGUUAUAUUAAUGCAACUCGUGGUUCAGGGACAAACUCAGGGGGUUCAACAAGCCCAAAUUGUAGUAGUAACAGUAAUAGUGGAAGUGUGUCUUCAUUAAACACUCAUAGCCGAGCUUCAGGGGGGAUGAAUCCCAACCUGAGCCAAAGAAUUAAGUUCCUACAAAGUCAACUAGCCAGUGCACCCAUGCCGAGCAUCACUAGCAAACGUAGGACACUGCCAUCCAUAGAAGAGGCAUGGAACUUACCAAUAUCUGCUGAAAUGACGUCUAGACAACAGCAACAGCAACAAAAUUCUACAAUAAUUCAGCAGAGAAAUGCUGGUACUUUUCAGAAGGGCUACGUUCAGGGUGGCCAACAACAACCCUUUCACAAUGGGCUAAAUGGCCAUCAAAUGUCACCGCAAGGUCCCCCUCCUCCAUAUCCAGCUCAAGGGAAUGGAGCAGCAAAACGCUUUAAGCCUGGAGAUGUUAUGGAAACAAGUCCUCCAGCUGCACGAAUGGGUCCAGCUAAUCCUGCUCAAAGAACUGUACCCCCGCCAUAUUAUUUAAAUCAACAGCAAAUGCAUAUGCUGCAGUACCUACAACAAAAUGCUGCAAAUCUUAAUCCACAACAACAGAGUAUUCUUCAACAACUACAACAUCAGUACCGCCUCAUGCAACAGCAUCAGCUAAAAUUACAGCAGCAACAGCAGCAACAACAGCAGCAGCAGCGUGUCAUUAGACAAACACCACCUCCACAAUAUGCUCCAUACCAGCAGCAGAGUUCAGUUAUUAAAACAUAUUCAAUGACUCAACAAACUCAGGGUCCUGUCACUCCACAGACAGGUUUUGUGGAUGCAACUGGGGGUUAUGCGGCUGCCACACCCAAUCCACAGCAGUCCCCUGGAGUACCUUACAAAUCACAAACUAUGGAUCAGGUACCAUAUCAGAGUCAGCAGCGCAAUAAUCCACAACUGUUACAACAAUCUCAGCAGUAUGGCUUUAAUAGCCAGCCUUCUAAUGCUGGUUUCUCUCAGAUUUCUCCCAUUGGACCUCCUCAUACAACUGCCCAAGUUGCUCCUGCUCACGAUCCAGCUUAUUCUUUUCAUGCUUCCAAUUCCCCUUCUUCGAAGGAAUUGGGUGUCAGCGAGCAAGAAUUGCAAGCUCUACUCUCUCAGAAAGAUAUUGCCACUUCUCUGGCUGAAGAUCUUCUUAAACACUUUGGUUCAAGCAGUGAUGAGUUGGAUGUUAAAGAUGAAGAAAACUCUACUGCAAGUCACAUUGCUACAUCUGCUAAUCAUUGUACAACCAAUACUUUGAGUUCUGGCCCAUUCUCUCCUUCAAAUUUUCAAGAAGGAAACAACAAUGGAGGAGUGACAUUAAAUUCUGCAUCAUCUGUCUCAACAGAAACUGUCCACAUCAAACAAUCUACCUCACCUGCAGCAAUUAACCCACAGCCUGACCAGAAGCAGACACCAACACAUGCAAGUUCUCCUAAAUUAGAUGGGAAAAAUGAAGUGCCGACUGUGAAAGUUGAAUCAUCAGAUAGAGUGUGUGAUUCUCCAAGUAUUGUGUCUAGCCAAGCAAUUACGUCAUCUUUACGACAUGAACUGAAAGUUGAAGCUAAGGUUUUGGAACUAUCUCGCCUCUGUGACCUGCAACAAGAACCUGAGUUCAGCAUUAACAUGGAUGCUAAAUCCAUUCUAGAUGCUUGCAGAGGAAGAGGUCUGAAUGGAGUGCCAAAUUGCAGCAUCUUGUCAGACAAAGCUCCACCCCCACAACCUCCAGAUCCACCACAGCAACACCUCACAAAGGAGCAGUUACUCCCACCAACACCUUCUGUGUAUCUUGAGAACAAAAAGGAUGCAUUUAGUCCUCAACUUCAGGAGUUCUGCCUGAAACAUCCAAUUGCUGUAGUUAGGGGUCUGGCAGCAGCACUUAAACUUGAUCUUGGUUUAUUUUCUACAAAAACUCUUGUGGAAGCAAAUCCAGACCAUAGUGUUGAAGUACGAACUCAGAUGCAACAAACAUCCGAUGAGAAUUGGGAUCCUCAACUAGGACGUAAAGUUUGGGCAUGUAUAAGCCACAGAUCACAUACAACAAUUGCCAAAUAUGCCCAGUACCAGGCUUCAUCAUUCCAGGAUAGUUUAAAGGAGGAAGGUGAAAGGUCUACUGGUACACAUUGCAGCAAUCUCUCAGAUUCUGAUUCUAAAGAUUCAACAGGAAAUGUUCGUCGCAAGGCUAAAGGUGGUAUUGGAUCACAUUCUGGUGGUGGGAAAACUGGUCCUAAAAUGUUAAGAUUUGGAACAAAUGUGGAUUUGUCGGAUGAACGAAAAUGGCGACCUCAACUCCAAGAGCUCAUGAAAUUGCCCGCCUUUGCACGUGUUGUUUCUGCUGGUAAUAUGCUCUCUCAUGUAGGCCAUGUGAUUCUUGGAAUGAACACUGUUCAAUUGUACAUGAAGGUUCCAGGCAGCCGAACACCAGGGCAUCAAGAAAACAACAACUUUUGUUCAAUUAAUAUUAACAUAGGUCCUGGAGAUUGUGAAUGGUUUGCUGUUCCUGAUGCUUAUUGGGGUGUUGUAUAUAGUUUGUGUGAAAGAAAUAACAUCAAUUAUCUUCAUGGAUCGUGGUGGCCAUCCUUGGAAGAUUUGUAUGAAGAAAAUAUUCCUGUGUAUCGGUUUACACAGAGACCUGGUGAUUUAGUAUGGGUAAAUGCUGGUUGUGUGCAUUGGGUUCAAGCUAUUGGAUGGUGUAAUAACAUUGCCUGGAAUGUUGGUCCUCUUACUGCUCGUCAGUAUCAGUUAGCAAUUGAGCGUUACGAAUGGAAUAAACUUCAAAGUUUCAAGAGUAUUGUUCCAAUGGUUCAUUUAUCAUGGAAUUUAGCUCGUAAUAUAAAAGUUUCAGAUCCCAAACUGUUUGAAUUAAUUAAAAAUUGUCUCCUGCGAACAUUGCGACAGUGUGCUCUGAUUCUUGAGUUUGUCAAAUCAAAGGGUGUAGAAGUACGUUUUCACGGUCGAGGCAAAAAUGAAGCAUCUCAUUAUUGUGGGCAGUGUGAGAUUGAAGUUUUUAACAUCUUAUUCAUACGAGAGCAAGAAAAGCGACAUGUUGUACACUGCAUGGAUUGUGCUCGUAAACAGGCACCUGGCUUGGAAGGCUUUGUGUGCUUAGAAGAGUAUCGCAUGGAGGAAUUAAUGGAAGUAUUUGAUCACUUCAUGCUUCAUCCUGUGCAAUGUACUAGUUCACAAGCCUUGGCGUUUUCAUCCUGAUGACCAGAAGAUUUAGCAGUGUUUUUUCUAUAAUUUGCAUUAAUUCACAUCCAAUGUGAACUUUAAAUUUAUUCACUAUAAUUUGGAGACAGAAUUCUGAAUACUAUGAUCUCUUGCAUUAGAAACAUCUUGACAGAACAGCAAUAUAGAGAGAGUUCUAGUUUUCUUGUAUGGUUGCCGUGUAUUACAGCUGUGCUGGAAAGCAAUGUAAAAUCUGCUUUGUGUAGAAAUCUUCAGCAGAUUUUCUAAAUUUGUAAAUUGUAUGUAUAAUGAACUGUGUAUAUAGAGAAUGGUGACUCGAUAUUUCAUUAUAUGAAUACUUAAAUGAAAAUUAUGACCAUGGACUGAAUUAAUAAUGAUCGAUCUCAUAGGUUAUGAUUGUCUCUAAGAGUCAUCCUGUUAUUUAAGAUGCGUCCAAAUACUAUGGAGUAACUGGGCAUAGGAUAACAUAUAUUGUUAAGAUAAUGCUGAAAGAAAUAUUUUAUUUAUGAUUGAGAGAGCGUGACAUCAGUGUUGAAGGAUAAUGAUGAACAAAAUGUGGAUGUAGAAGGGAUACUUGGCAUCACCACUCUUGUUUCGAAAUGCUGUCAUUUGAGGAGUAUGCCUGAUAAAAGAAGUACGAUCUUCAUUGCUUGCUUUACAUGUUUAUUUUUCCUCCCAUAUAAUAUUGAAUGGUAUGUAUUUAAAAAUACGUUAAGUAUUGUCUCAUUGGUAUGCAGAAAGUAAUGUAUAGAGGAGUUGAACAAAGUGAUGUAGAAGAUAUUUGAUUAUAUGUAUAAGGAUAAAAUGAAAACCAUAGGGCAUUAUUUGUUAUUUGAUUCAUAAUGAUUACUUAGAUCUUCAUUGUAGCCAGAAGAUUCUUUCUUUUCUUUGUAAAAUAGCAUGUCCACUCAAGUGAUGCAAUAUUUAACUUGUGAUUUUUGUGAUAAGACUGACUUUCACUGCCAAAAAGAACUGUGCUAACUUUUUCAAACAGAAAUUUUAUUGUAGCAAGAAAAGAAGUAUUUCUUUAAAUUCUGUGCAGUUACCACACCAUUCUGUGCUAUUUUCAGGUCUUUUAGUAUUAAUCUUGAAGUAAUCUCUGGGGAAAGAGCUAUCACUGCCACUAGCUUAAUUACCUUAUAGUGCAUGCUUGUUACUGUUUUAGAAGUAUAUUAAAAAUGAAUGAAAUAGAUAAGUAACUUUCCUUUUGUAUGUAAAUAGUUAGGAAGGAACAUGGAGUGUUGUAUUUCAUAAAUGGCCUGGAGGUGUUUUGUAUUGUAAUUUAGACUGAAAUCCCUUCAUAGUACUGUAAAUACUAGUUAUUAUACCAUAAUCUUGUGUAUACAGAUUCGUGAAAAAAUAGAAGAAAUUGAAACGUAAGAAUUGUUUCUGUUGCCUUUGUAAAGCUUACAUUUUGUAUAAAUUAUUUUUAAAAUAUUUAAGUUGUGUAUUUCAAUGAACAUCCAGAAAUAUUUUAAUGAUUUUAGCCAUCAAUCAUGAGCUCAGCAAAAAAUUCUAGUAAUUCAGAAGCCUGAUAUUAAUUUGUUUUCUAUGUUCAGAUAAUGGUAAAUCACAUUUUUGGGGGGCUUAAUUUUGUUACGAAUACAUGUCAUUAGUUUUUUACAGUUUCAAAAGGACAGUAUAAUUAAAUAGCUACACUUGGCUUAUAUUUAUUGUAUUUAGAACAUUGGAGAAUAAUGUCAUUGUUUCAAAACAUUUCCUUGAAGUUGAGGAUCGGCAAUCUUUAAAUUAAAAAAUAAUCUAUUUCAAUCUGUAUUCUUAUGUUUUUCUUAAUUCUAUUUGAUAUUCAAAAAAAUAUUUAAAAUUUUCUCUUUUGAAGAAUACCACUAAAGUUUGAUUAAUUGUAUUCAGUGGUUUAUUGUACUAUUGUUACAUUAAAACAUUAUUAUAUUUGUUCAUAAUUUUCAGGGAUUGUUUCUAAAUUGAAAUUAGUUUGUUAGUGCCAUCGCAAAGAAAUUUUUGUUUUCUGAUGUCCUAUUCUAGUUAUAUAUUUGUUGAGCCUUCAGGAAAGAAAUGGAUUGUUAAAAAGACCUCUCACAUAUAUUGCUUUAGUAUUUUAUAAAAUCACAUGAAAUCUUGCAAUACAAUUACAUGAUGUUGUUUUUCCAAGAUCUUUUGUAUCCAAUAGAUAAUUUAGUUGAUCACUUGGUUAGAAAUCAUUAUAGAAUUCUUCAAAAUAAGCUUCUUAGACAGCUAGUUGUCAUGAGAAAAUAUUACUGUAAUGAAAAAUUUCUUGGUAAUUUGUAGAAAGAAUUUGUUGAAAGUAGACAAAUUGAAGUUGAGAUUGCAAGAAAGGUCAAAAAAAAAUUUCAUAGAACUUUCUCUCCAAUACAAUUUUUAAUAAAUUUAAAGAUACCACAGAUGAUAUUGACAUUCUUUCCUGCUAAAUGUUUGUUAUACCUGUUAUCAAUAACUAUUGAUGUCUUUGAGAUCUUAAAACAAAGGCCUUUCAUUUUGAUACAGUUAUACCAUCACUUUACCUCCUUUGUGAAGUGAACAGACAGAAAAAUUGUUGUUUUUAUGACAUGAAAAAUUGUAUUUUCUUCUUGGCAUCUGAAUGUUGCUAACGUGUAUGUUUUGCACAAAGCAAAUUUCAUUUCCAACAGUAUCUUUCAUUUUCAAAGUAUGUUCUUUAUUGGAACAUUACUUUGAAGAUUUCUGGGUGUUUUUUAUAACUGAUACAGAAAUAUUUAUUGUCUUGUCUCUUUAAAGUUAAUAGUAGUGAAGAAGAUAACUUCACAUUGCUUAUUGUUGUCACUUUAUAUACUUGCACUUGCUGAUAUUGGCUAAAGGAACAUCUAAUUUAUUGUAUUUUAUAUUUUUAAUGUUGUUCAUAUAGCCAGCUGGUGGAAAAGAUAAACAGUGAUUUAUCUUUUAGGAUAGUUAAAUUAUUUGACAUGUGUUUUGUUUCUGGAAUCAGUUUAGAUAAUGCUACUUUGUUAUGAGCUGCUGAUGAAGUGUAAUUAUUAAUUUCAUUAUUGGGAAAAACUGUUCUUGUUUUUAAUAUUUUUUUUACUCGUAUUGUGUGCAUUAAUGGUGCACUUUAAAUCUUUGUUCCCUGCUAGUGCCUUUUCACCCAAUUUUUUUGCCAUACCUGAAUGAAUUAUUCUUUUAACAAUAAUUGAUCUUUGAGAUUUUGUGUGUUUGUAAUAUGUCUGCUGUGCAUUAUCAUCAGUGCAUUAAACACUAUGAAAUUUUAAGUCUUAUUCUGAAAUUGUAUCCAGACUUCUGAGUGCCGUAAUUUUUAGAAUAUUUUAUUACUAUGACAGUUGUCUUAAAAAGAAUAACAAUAAUAAAGUUGAAAUAUUUCUCUGAUGUAUUGCAUGAAGGAAAUGUAAUAUCAUUAUCACCAGAUAUCAUUAUCAGUUUAUGCUAAACAAUUACUUAAGUUAAUAUUUUCAUUCACACUGAUUGUAAUGACAGUAAACACAAUUUUCCAUUAUUUUUGCUUGAAAUGAAUGGCCACAAAAGGCAAAAGUAACACAUCUGUGAUGAUUUUGAGCAAGUACUUUACAGCCAUGUGUAGAUGACAUAGAUGUCUCAUACAAAAGCUUAUGAAGGCUGACUACUAGUACAAUAGUAACAAAAAUAUUCAAAAUAAUGUAUUCUGUCCAAUUUUAUUGGAGAAUGGAUCAUAGUGAUUUGCUGCCAAGAAAUGCCAUCGGGUAACAGUUUCUAGGGGAAACCUCUUGCUUAUUUAAUAGCUGUGUUACGAAGAAAGAUAAACAAACUUGCCCUAGGUUAAGGGUAAAAUUCACUAUUGAUACAUCCCAGUAUGGACAUGCCUUAUUACUUUACUUACUGUGAUUUGCUGAAUACUAGCAUUAUAGUGGGGUUCCCAUGUGAGAGUACUUGAUAUUGCUUAACAUGAUUGACACUGAAAAUAAUUUUCUCAAAGGUUCACUCCAGAUUAUAAAACACAGUGAACAUUGUUUAUGCAACAUUUGAUUGGGAAUUUAGUUGCAAAAAAUAGACUUUGGUUCUCAAAAAGUAUGUAUGUUCUCCAGUUUCAACAUCUUGAAUUAUUUGUAUUUUGACCCUAAUUGACUUGUGUGAAUCACGUUUCUUGAGAUUGUUAAACCUUGAGUUCUUCAUUUCUGGUCAUGUGUCUUUUUUUGUGUUCUGAUGCAAGAGUUAUUUUUAAGUAUUAUCAUUUGUAUAUAAAUUUUAAUUUUCUCCUAGGAUUAAUGAAUAUCAAAUAUGAAAUUCCAAUUGAAUUAAACGUAAUAUUACAGCUUAUAUAAUAACUUUAUAUUGCCACCAGUGUGUGUUGACUUGGUUCCUAAAUAUAAUUAGCAUUGUUUUUACUUGGUUCCAGAAACACAGCAAAAUGUUGAAAAAUGUAAAUAGUAUGACAUCUGAACACUGCCAAUCAUUUGUGAUAGUAAUUUUGUUCUUAAUAUAUAAUGAAGGAAUAUUUAUUGCCACUUCAAACAGAACACUGCCCCGCGUUCAAUAUAGGAAUCAGGACAUAUUAUAGUGGAUGAAGAGAAUUGAAGAGUUGAAUUGAUAAAGAUGCUAAAUUGUAAAGUGUAAUUAUUGUCGAAAUAAUUACAUGUAACAUCCCUUUGAGGAUUUUUGUGGGCAUUUAUGGAUGCUUGACAUGUCUUCAAAGAUAUUACACGGCCUUCAAUCUGAUUUGUUUAUUGUUAAUACAAUAGCAUCUUUGUCUCUGCAGCCCUUCAGUUGUAUUCAUGAAGGAAGACCAUGCAAUGCAGGACAUUGAAACAAUUGUAUAAACCGUCUUUGAAUCCAGUGUAUCACUGCCUACAAGUUGUGUGGAUGGAUGGGAGAAUCAUUCAUACAAAUGUAUGUUUCACUACACAGCAUCAAACAGUAAUGUUAAUGAACUUGAAUUAUUUUCACAUUUAUACUUUUUACGGGAGCCAAUAUGAAAUGUGUUUUAAUAUAAAAUUGACCUGCAUUUCUUGAAAAUGCCAAUCGUGUGUCUUGAUUAUAUGUAAAUAUUAAUAGAUAUAUCCUUAGGUAAAUAAGUGUAUAUCAGUUGAAUCAUAGGAUAAAUUUAGGAUGAGUAGUUGUUAACUCUAAAAUUGAGUAGAAUGAGAACCAGAACCCAACGACAUUGUCGAAGAACACCAAACACUGAAAAUAGACAUGAGGAAAUAUGUUAAUGUUGCCGAUGUGUUACUAGUCAAUUUCCUUUUCACAUGUAAGCAUUUUAAUACAGGAAGAGAUACAUAUUCAUAUCAGAGCAAAUAUUUAUGUAUGAUAUUCCCAUUCAAAGUACUGUAUGGUUCUCAAAAUGUAGUCACAAUGGUAAUGCAGUUGUAUUCUCUUCAUCCAUAUAGGUAACAUACAUGAACAUAUUUUACUGUAUUCAGUGCCUUCAGUAGUCCUUUAUACUUAAUGAUAACAUGUACAUUGUUGAUCUCCAUACCUACCAAACUAUGUUUUGCCAUUUUAUCACAAUUCUUUUAAAAUGUGUAUAUUGUAUAGUGUCAGUUUAAGUGAUUAUUUCAAUGUUAUAAUUUGUACAUUGGUUUGUCUCAGAAAUAAAGCA